CCUCUCCUCCCCACCCACCCCACCCCAAGUCCCCAACCAACCCCCCUUGCCACACCCACCCUUCUGCAACGGCAGUUCAUUAGAAAUUCAUGGCCAAGUUCUCUUUCGACGACGCCGAGGAGGACCCUCCCGCCGCUGCUUCCGGAGGCGACAAGAGAAAGCGCGAAGACGGCCCUCCCGGCGGAGCCCCCCCGAAGGCCCGGAAUUUGGCGGUCGGGGGCGGCGAGCCAGAUGGAAGCGCAACAGUAGGGGAGGAGAGGGCCGAGGGGAGCGGCCGGAAGGUGGUGGAGACCGGCGGUGGGGAGGCUGAUGAGGGCAUCAGCGUGCGGAUCGACCCGGACGUGCUCGACUGCUCCAUCUGCUUCGAGCCUCUCCGACCGCCCCUCUACCAGUGCCAAAAUGGCCAUGUAGCAUGCUUUUCCUGCUGGUCCAGGCUGAGCAAUAAGUGUCACAUUUGUUCUCAUGAUGCCAACUUUGCACGGAACAUUGCACUGGAGAAGAUUGUUGAGUCAGUCAAGUCCUCAUGCUCGUAUGCCAAUUGGGGUUGUAGCAAGUUGGUUAGCUAUUCGCUCAGAGAUGCUCAUGAAGAAUCUUGCCUUUUUGCUCCUUCAGUGUGUCCUAUUCCUGGUUGCGGGUACAGAGGAUUCACAGGAUGGUGGUCAGGACAUUUCUUUAUAGACCAUAAUGCUGAAGGCCUGCGGUUCAUGUAUGGUCAGCACUUCGAAGUAAAUCUGGAAAUGUCAGUUCCUUUUCUAGUUCUUCUAGCAGAGGAUGACCACCUAUUCCUUGUCCUGAACAAGAACGUGAUGCCCUUUGGGCAUGCAUUUUCAGUGGUUUGCCUUAGGACUGGCAAUCUGAACUGGAAUUUCCUCUACGAAAUAAAAGCAAUUAGUAGUGCAAACACUGAAAACAGCCUACAACUGAAGGCUUCUGUUACAAACACAAGGGAGUGGGGCGGUCUUCACCCUACAGAAGCUUUCCUUUUGGUUCCUUAUGUCUUUUGCAAAUCGAGCAAACUAACACUAAACCUCUCUAUUGAGAGGUUUGCUGAUGUUGGGGGUGGAUAUGUGACGUCCUCUGUGUUGUAAAAUGUAAAAAAAAAUUGUAGCAGUGUAAAAUUGUAAAUUGUAUGUGUAUGCUGCCAUGUACUAACCCUGUACUAUCCCAUCAAGCAUAUCACUUGUGAUGGAGAAAAUGGGCUGCUGGAUGUAGGAACUAAAUUCAAGACGAGAGUUGUAUUCUUGUGCUAAUCAUGAAUUCUGAUUGUA